AUGGCUGUCAGCCACAUUAUCAUCUGCCUCCUGCCACUGAUUUGCUAUGGGUCAUCCCACCCCUCUCCUCCUCCGCCUCCUCCCCGGGGAUGCAGUGUGGAUGUGGAUCCUCCUUACAGGGUGCUCUGUGACCUGGAGUCAGUCUGGGGUGUUGUUCUGGAGGCUGUGGCCUGCAGCGGUGGUCUCACAUCAGUGGUACUCGCUGUGCUCCUGCUAGUCAAGAUGCGCUCCAUUUCUGAUCCUGCCAAGCGCUCCAGCCUGGGGCCUCUACUUCUGCUUCUGGGCACACUCCUUGGGCUUUUUACCAUCUCUCUGGCUUUCCUGGUGGGGAAGAACCAGGCGCUCUGUGUGGUUCGAAGGGCCUUCUGGGGACCCCUUUUUGCCCUCUGCUUUUCCAGCUUACUAGUGCAGGGUGUGAGGCUCAGGAGGCUGGUAGCUGGAAAGGCAAGCCCAUCUGGCAGCUCCCUUGCAGCACUCGGUCUGGCCUUGGCCUUGGUUCAGGGGAUAAUCUCUGCCGAAUGGGUGCUGCUGACUGUAGUUAGGGAGGGUCACCCAGCCUGUGAAUAUCCACCUUUGGACUUUGCCCUUACCUGCAGCUACACUUUGGGGCUUCUUCUCAUAGCCAUGGGUCUCUCUCUUGGUGUGGUGCUGUGUGGUGGAGAGCUGGCAGUAGAUGGAGGAAGUGGCAAUGAAGAAGACAGGGAAGGAGAUAGUGAAAAACGGAAAUGGAAGUGUAACGCAAUCUGGCUCGUCCUGUCCAGUCUCGCAUCAGCAUUGCUAUGGGUGGCCUGGCUGGGGUUUUAUCUUUACGGCAGCCAGACGUUAAGGGGAAGGGGGAACAGAGAGAGGGGAGGGGGGAAUAAGGAUGCAAAAGUGUUUGAUGAGCCCGCACUGGCUGUCGCCCUGGUUAUUCAGGGAUGGCUUCUGCUCCUGUUCCACGCUAUCCCAGAGACUCACCUGUGUCUCCUGAAAACUUCACAAUCCGACACGCAAGACUUCUUUGACACCAGUCACACGUCUCCUCCUUCACAUUACGGAGAGGAGCUCCCUGCGCAUUCGCACCGAUCCUUUCAAGAGAACCAGGCCUUUUCAAUGGAGGAACACAGUGCAACUCUCCGAAGCGGAACAUACCACGGCAGCCAUGGAAGUAUGCGUCCUGGUAUCGCCUUCAGAGGGCAUGUCUACCAACCUACCGAGAUGGCUCUAGUGAUGAACGGUGGUACAAUGCCCACAGCCCCAGUUAACUACACUGGACGACGGUUAUGGUAAUAUAUGGGGCAAAUGUUGAAGAGGACACACUUCAGUCACAUUUUUGAGAGAAGAAGUAUUAAAGACAGUACAUAUCACAAAGAAGCGACUUCAUAUGAGAUAGCUAUGUUUACUGUGUUUGUGUUUUUCGCCACACAUGUGCAGAUUUGGCAUUUUAAAAAGAAACUAGUGGUAUUUUUGCCUACAUUUUCCUGAAGGCGUUUUUGAUGGAUGUAAAGGAACAAGAGAGGGAAGAGAAAGCAACAUCUCUCAGUAAAGUGAUAUUUUUCGAUGAUGCAUUUUUCGAUGAACACAUGUAAUCUGAAUUAUAAUACAUACACACAAGAACAAGAAGUCUUUUAGCACAACUAAAUGUUAUAUUUAAAGUGUUUUUAAAAAAUUAUAUUGUAUUAAAAGAGAGAUAUUAAAUGACCUGUUGUUAAACCAUGACAGAGUUGAGCUUAGAGGAAGAUUUGAAUGUGUUGAGGUAAACUCUUUUGCCUGAGCAGCACCAAACCAGUGCUGCAACAUUCUAACCUUUGUUUAUCAACCAUGCUUACUUCAUAAAAAUGCAGUUUGUAUGUCAUUUUAUUUUUAAUUUUUUUGUUUGGCUUCAAGCUUCAACUACAAAUAAGCCUUUAGGAUAGGUAUGUAAAAUACCUGCUUACACCCACAAUGCUUGCACAGCCUCUGUUUUUCAUACUGGAAAGUCCCAAAGGAUUCGCAUAGUGAUUUUCUCUCUAUCUCUCGCCUUUCCAAUAUAAGUACUGUUGGGCAGUUUGCCACAUUCACAGUGUUUACUCAUAAAGGCUUUGUAGUCAGCAGAUCUCGUGCAGGGCUGUGGAGGACUAUCAAAUAGAUUUUAAAAGGUGAAUAAAAACUCUACAGCUUGUGGAUUGUUUUUUUAAACAAGGUUAAUUUUUAAUAAGCCUAUGAUAAAAAGCCAUUUAAUACUGCAGCACUAAUCCUGCAGUAUUAGUAAAUAGGGUUUACUGUUAGAGGCUGUGAUUUUGCACUUUAUCAGCACUGAUUACAUCUGGGAAUUGUGAUAUUUGACAUUACUGGACAUGCAUGUAAAAGCACAGAUUAAAGGUAAUGUAUUUUGUCAAAACAUAAGUGUUUUGUUUUCUAGAAUUUUAAUAACUGUAUACUGAAGAAAAUGACCAGUUGUUUUGAGUUUCUAAUAAGUUGACAUUGGAGAAAUCAUUGACAAAACAGUCUCACCCCUUUAAGCCAAUAUGGAUGUCAGAAAAUGUACAUUUAAGAAUCAAAAAUUUUCAGGACAAUCAAGCAAAUCCAGUUGCUGAGGAAGGCCAGGUAUGUGUAAACCUAAAAGAAACAGGUAACAAAU